CAACUCACCAAGGAAGACGAGCGCGAAGAUCGCGUGAAUGAUAUGAUAGAGGUAGCUGGUGGAUCUAUGGAGACCCUCGCAAACUUCAUUAUGAAGUAUUUUCGCUCAGCCUUUUCUGCUGGAACCUUCAGCUUUCAUUCGAUUUCCAUGGCACUUUAUAUCCUCACGGUGUGCUGUAUCGAUAAUGUACGGUUUCUUGGCAUCUUCAUGCGCCGAUCUGCUGCAACUUUUGCGGCAAGAGCACUUCUAGCUGCUGCAAAACAAGCGAAGAAGCCGUACGCUCAGGAUGUUUUGUACAGUAUCCGAUCAUCGUACAUGUUUUUUAGCCUCAUUCCAUUGUUUGCGAGAGGUCCUCAUUGGAUGAUACAGUCACUCGAGUCGGGUUUACUCUAGGGACUGUUGCUCUCGUGCGCCAUCGCUGAAACAGAGCUUCCUGCGCCUAAUAAUGGUGUAGCCGUCGAAACGUUGGAAAGAAUUGGAAAGUCCCUGGUUUUACAUUCUGUGUUACGUGCUUUGAAGCGGCCUUUUCAACAAAUAGUAAAAUCCGACAUCGCGCAACCGGGGCCAGCAGGGCCUUUGUGGAAACACUGGUUAACUUUUAAACAAGUAGCAGAGGAAAGGCUGGUUAUCUUGGGGGUUAGUGAUACCUUGAGGCUAGCCAAGACCAAUAGAAGCUGCAGUUACGCAUCCUGCAUCAAUAACACUGAUAACGACGAAAUCAAUGCCUCGCGCUGCGCAGGGUGCUACAAUGCUUAUUACUGUACUCGCGAAUGUCAACGCAAAGCUUGGCCACAACACCGCUCAUUUUGUCAAUUUGUUCAAGAACGGUUGGAAAAGGAAGCAGGCCUACCACACGAAAUAUAUCCUGAAGCCAUAUUUUUCAUGUUCUUGGUCGACCAGACUUUCAAUCUCCACCGCGACAUAAUCUUGGAUCGGAUAUUUGAUUUCUGCGAUAAGAACAAAGAGAAGAUCAAUAAUUUUGACCAACUAUCAACCUACGUUGUAGGGCUGGACUUCCAGUCAUUUCCCAUGGUCGUUACUGUUGGGAAAAGUCUGAUAUUCAAGACCAAGUGUGCGCCCCAUGAAAAAGACGAGUUCCCAGUUGAAACAUCAUCAUUUCGACCCAUUACAAAUAUCGCGCAGGAACUGGGGGGUUCACAUGUGGAUGAGGAUGGUCCAAAGAUUAUCGUACAAACGCAGGUGGUGCCUGUGCUUGGAAAUUGGUUUCCAGAUGUCAGGUCCUUUUUCGUAACUAUGCACUGCGAAUUCAGAGAAAGCUUCAAUCGGAAAUGGAGAGCAAGAUACUAUGGCUAAAAUGUUGCGUGCAAGGGCAGAAUUAUGUUUUCUAUGUGUUGCAGACCUUGGCAUGGUCCAACUACAGAUGUUUAUUAAUAUGCAGGUAAGAGUCUCGCUCGGUCAUACUUGAAAGCUAUGUACUAGUACACGUAUCGUCAUUAAACCAUUUGGCCCUUGUGCUAACCUGUGGCUGUUUGACU